UUCAUAUUUUAAUCAACAGAUAGGACACAGGUGUGCGUUUCUAGCUAAUAUAUUUGAAUCCGACUUGAAAGUCGAACUCAACCACUCACAACCGAUCACCUGGACUCUUGUUAGUUACUAGAAAACAACUUUUUUUUUGGUGAGGAUGUUCGUCUGGUUUUGUAUUUUCGUUUGUGCUUCGGUCGGUCGCUUUGUAACCGCCGGGAGAAGGAUGACCGGUCAGCCACACGAAGUCCCGGUAAACAGCAACAAGGUUUUAACUGCAGCACGGUUUGCUGUGGUUGAAUUCAACACAGCCAACGCAGAAGAACAGUUUGCUUACAAAAUUGUGGACAUAACAUCGGCUAAAAUUCAGUUGGUCGCGGGAAUAAACUACAUCCUGGAAAUGCAGCUAGGACGUACAAUGUGCAAGAGAAAUGGCACUGCUGACAGCCAGCCAUGUGUUCUUCACUCUGAACCCAAGGAACUUCAGUGCCACUUCAUCGUUACAGAAAUCCCAUGGCAACAUUCACGUGUACUUACUCAAAAUAAAUGUCACAUAUAAUUACUGACUGCUAUUCUGACUGUUGCUGCUGUUGUGAUGCCAAGUAAACAGUUAAUCAACACUAAA